ACAGCAUCUGGUGAUCGGCUUCGAAUCGAUCUGGAAAAGCACAGGGGAUUCCAGCAUGAGCUCGCGGAACGACAAGUUAUGUACGAGGCAACCUACAAACGUGGUAAGACACUUGCGGAGCAUGCACCGCGUGCAGAACAGGCUGGGAUUAAUCUGACGAAUGAGCUGCUGAAGCAAAAAUGGACCGAACUGAUCUCUGCUGCACUACAAAGGCAACGUUCGAUCGAGGAAGCACUGCUGGCAUGCGGUCAGUUUGAUGAGGCUCUGUCCUCGCUACGUGAAUGGCUUGAAAAGGAGCUGCCAAAUUUGGAGGAUAUGGAAAAUCAGCCGGUGCACGGUGAUUUGGAGACAGUGAGCAAAUUGAACGAUGCACACGCGGAACUGACCGCACAGAUUCAUGGCCGUCGAGAUACAAUGAAUUCAGUGAAAGAACGAGCCCAGCAGAUGCUAAAAGGCAAAGAAACGGAUGAUUCACUCGAUGGCUUGAGAAAGAAGUUGGAAAAAAUGGACGUGGACUGGGAGCAUCUGGAAAGUUUAGCGAAAAAACGAAAUGAACGCCUGAAAAAUGCUCUUGUUGAUGCCAAAAAUUUCGAUGAGCAGAUUCAUGACUUUGUAUAA